AUGGCUUUAAAAUAGGAAGAUCUUGGCUCAAAUUAUGACGAAUAAGUCACUUAGGAUUUAUUUGUCUAAAAUGCUUAAGUAAAGAGCCAAAAUGUUGAAAAUAUCAAGAAGAGAGAUUACAAGAUUGGAGAAUAAAAUUAAAAAUAUGAUCACUCUCUACUGCUAGCAUAAAUGACUCUCUGA